AUGCUCUCAUUUAUCUCGCUAUCUUCUAAAAGUAAUACGACAACUAAAUGCGAGCAGGACUUUGUACUCUUAGUCGAAUCAGCUUUACGUCGUGAGCUUUGGGCACUCAAAAUCUUGGAUUCAUGGGGUAAGCCUUUGCCAUCUGGUUUACUCAAAGGAAAUAAUUUGUGGGUGGGUAAUUAUGAUGAAUGUCUCGAUCCAUUAUAUCAACAUGAUAACAAAACAUUCUUAAAACAAACGUUCGAUGGUCACUACUGUGCACUCCUUCCACGCGGCAUGAAACCACAACAAACGAUGGCUUACGGACUUAUUCUUGGCAUUUGUGUACCUUCGUCAUGCGAUCGUCAAUCAACUGUUUCAUUAGUUCAAAGUCUUUUUAACCAAAGCAAUAUGACUGAAAAUAAUCUACUUUGUUCGAAUGAUGCGGCCAGUAAACAAAAGAGUUUAUCAGGUGGUGCGAUAGCCACAUGUGUUGUUCUCUCUCUACUCGGUUUUCUCGUACUAAUCGGUACCAUCAUCGAUCUUAUUCUUGCUUCUCGUCUUCAAUCAGUCAAUCAUAUUGGUUCACCCACACAGAGAUCCAGUAAGAUAUCACCCAUCAAAUUGGCUGAGAAUAAAUCGAUGAUAUUACCACGACAUUCACGUUAUUCUAUUCAAACUCUACUCGAAAGCACCUAUAUAGCUUUCAUCGCAGAAUUUUCAGCCAUACAUACAUUACGUCGUAUAUUUACAAUGAGAAAGAAAAACGAUAGUAAUUCCUUUGAUUGUCUCAAUGGUCUUCGUGUACUUUCACUCUUCUGGGUUAUAUUUGGUCAUACAAUUACUUUUAUCUUAAUCUAUACAAGUAAUAUUAUCGAUGGAUUUGCCUGGUCUCACAGUAUGACAUUUCAAUUAAUUACCAGUGCUAUGUUCAGUGUGGACACAUUUUUUGUUCUCAGCGGUUUUUUGACAGCGAUUCUCUUCGUUCGAGAAGUCGCCAAAAAAAAACUUUCAUUUCGUCUAUUUAUUCUUUAUUACAUUCAUCGAUAUAUUCGUCUUACACCGACUUUUUUGCUUGUCAUGCUUGUGAGCAUUAAUUUGUCGCCAUACUUCGGUCGUGGACCUCUCUAUCCAUCCGUACAAGGAUUUGAAACCACUGGUUGUAUUCGUCGUGGUUGGUGGACAUCCAUCCUUUACAUUGGUAAUCUAGUUAACAUCCAUGACAUGUGCUUGGAUGCUUCGUGGUAUCUUUACAAUGAUAUGCAAUUUCAUUGGAUUGCACCACUUGCUCUCAUACCAUUUGUCAUUGGUCGAAAGCCUAUUGCAUUUAUGGUGGCCACUCUAUUCGUUCUCGUUGGCAUUGGAUCAAUUCUCGGCAUUCUUCUUUAUUAUCCUAAUAUGGAAGUGAACCGUAUAACAGCCACCAUGCAAACAACCGGCCCUACCUUCUAUGAGAAAAUCUACCUUACACCGUGGUGUCGCAUAUCACCUUAUGCUAUUGGUCUUCUCACUGGUUUUAUUGUCAUCAAUACUGGUCGUUCGUAUCGUUUGAAUAUCUAUACAAAAAUAUUUGGAAGCCUCCUGGCUACCGUAUUUGGCUUGACCUGUAUCUUUGUAAUGUAUCCAGAUUAUGCUUUCGUAUCGGGUCUUAGUCGAUCGGCAAUCAUUGCCUAUCAAGCGCUUUCUCGUUCAUUUUGGGCAUUAGUAAUCGGUUGGCUUCUCUUUCUAUGUAGUACGAACCAAGGUGGAAUAGUUAAUACCAUUCUUUCAUGGCCGAUUUGGAGUCCUCUAGCUCGUCUGAACUAUUCGGCGUAUCUUAUCCACACGAUUAUUCUUUUUAUAACUAUAUAUAAUCAGACAAUACCUUAUUACUUUCAACCACAUUUAAUGAUUAACAGUUAUAUUUCAAAUCUAUUCUUUAUCUAUGUUGCAGCUAUUGUCGGGGUAAUCUUUUUUGAAACUCCAUUUGUUGUUCUUGAAAAGAAAUUUUUUAAACGAUAA